UCGGUCCCUGGUCUCCGGCGGCCGAGCCAUGGCCUGGACGGCGGCGGCGCGGAGCUGCGGGGCCCGCGGCGCGCUCACGGCGCACACACUCCUGUUCGACAUGCCGCCCGCGCUGCUGGGCGAGCUCUGCGCGGUCCUGGACAGCUGCGACGGCGAGCUGGGCUGGCGCGGCCUCGCGGAGCGACUUUCAAGCACCUGGCUGGAUGUUCGUCACAUUGAAAAAUAUGUAGACCAAGGUAAAAGUGGAACAAGAGAAUUACUUUGGUCCUGGGCACAGAAAAACAAGACCAUCGGGGACCUUUUACAGAUUCUCCAGGAGAUGGGGCAUCAUCGAGCUAUCCAUUUAAUUGUGAACUAUGGAGCAGUCUUGAAUCCUUCAGAGCAGAGUCAUCAGGGAGAUGGAUUUCCAAACAUGUUACCCAAGGAAACAGCUAAUGUCACAGUGGAUAAUGUUUUUAUUCCUGAACGUAAUGAAAAAGGAAUAUUGUUUAAAUCCUCCAUGAGCUUUCAAAACAUCAGAGAUGGAACCAAAAAUUUCCACAAAGACUUCCUAAUUGGAGAAGGGGAGAUUUUUGAGGUAUACAGAGCGGAGAUCCAAAACCAAACAUAUGCCAUUAAAUUAUUUAAACAGGAGAAAAAAAUGCAGCAUAAGAAACACUGGAAGAGGUUUUUAUCUGAACUUGAAGUUUUACUGCUGUUUCAUCAUCCAAACAUACUGGAGUUGGCUGCCUAUUUUACAGAGAGUGAGAAGUUCUGCCUGGUUUAUCCAUAUAUGAGAAAUGGAUCCCUUUUUGACAGAUUACAGUGUGUAGGUAACACGGCCCCACUCUCUUGGCACAUUCGAAUCAGUGUUUUAAUAGGAACCUCCAAAGCCAUUCAGUACUUGCACAACACGGAGCCAUGCUCGGUCAUCAGCGGCAGUGUAUCAAGUGCAAACAUACUCUUGGAUGAUCAAUUCCACCCCAAACUAACUGAUUUUGGCAUGGCACACUUCCGACCCCACCCGGAACAUCAGAGCUCUACCAUAAGCAUGACCAGCAGCAGCAGUAAACAUCUGUGGUAUAUGCCCGAAGAGUACAUCAGACAGGGCAAACUUUCCAUUAAAACGGACGUCUAUAGCUUUGGAAUUGUAAUAAUGGAAGUUCUGACAGGUUGUAAAGUGGUGUUAGAUGAUCCAAAGCAUAUCCAGCUGAGGGAUCUCCUUAUGGAAUUGAUGGAGAAGAGAGGCCUCGAUUCAUGUCUUUCAUUUCUAGAUAAGAAAGUGCAUCCCUGUCCUCGGAAUUUCUCUGCCAAGCUCUUCUCAUUGGCAGGCCAGUGUGCUACCACACGGGCAAAGUUAAGACCAUCAAUGGAUGAGGUCCUAACCACUCUUGAAAGUACUCAAGCCAGGUUAUAUUUUGCUGAGGAUCCUCCCACCUCUCUAAAGUCCUUCAGGUGUCCUUCUCCUCUGUUCUUGGAGAACGUACCAAGUAUUCCAGUGGAAGAUGAUGAAAACCAGAAUAAUUGUUCGCCACCUCAUGAUAAAGGUUCGAGGAAAGAUGGAGUGACUCAGAAAGUUCCAUUUGAAUGUAGCCAGUCUGAGGUUACGUUUCUGGGCUUUGACAGAAAGACAGGCAGUGAGAGAAAUGAGGAUGCCUGCAACAGGCCCAGUUCUUCUUGUCAAGAAAAUUGGCCUCCAAAGCAUUCAGCUCUAUCCCAGGACCCAAGGGCCUAUGGUGCAUUUAUGGACCCUUCUGCAGAAGCUCCAGGCCAUUCUUACAGGAGCAGGCCAGUGGAGACCAGCUGUUCCUGCGAAUUCUCCUGGAACGAAUGUGAACCGCACAAAAGGGAAUCGAUUUCACCAGAAGAUAAAGAAGAAAGCAAGUAUUGCCAAGGCACCUGAGUACAGGUACCAUCUUGGGAAAACAUUGUCACCGUAAGUCAUGCUAUGAGGACUAUCAAUGGUGAGUUUGGGGGAUGCAGAUCAAUAAUCUGGACAAUGCUAUUCCUUCCUUGCCAAUUCCUAGGCUUACACUUUGGCUAAAUUAGAGCCGGUCAAAAUUACUGAAGAUCAUGAGCUCUGACCUCAGACAAACAAAACCUACCAAAAAAGGGACUGGAUUCUCCUGUCUUCUUCAUCAGCAGCAGCAUGA